CCGAGUAAGCAGAGAGAGUUGGUCCACAGAGACAAUGGAGCAGCCACACAGAGAGCAGUGCAGCCGGGAGAACAUGCAGCCCCAGAGGGAGAGGUGGAGAGAGAGAGCAACCGUCUGAGAGGCUGAUGGCUUCCCUGAUCCCGGCUCCAGCACCAGUGCAUCCUGCCGGCGCAUUCUUCCCGGUGUUCAAGAAGGCGAGCCCAAAUGGGAAGCUCACCGUCUACCUGGGGAAGCGGGACUUUGUGGACCACGUCGACCUCGUGGACCCUGUGGAUGGUGUGGUCCUGGUGGAUCCCGAGUACCUCAAGGAGCGGAGAGUCUACGUGACGCUGACCUGCGCCUUCCGCUAUGGCCGGGAGGACCUGGAUGUCCUGGGCCUGACCUUUCGCAAGGACCUGUUUGUGGCCAACGUGCAGUCCUUCCCGCCGGCCCCCGAGGACGAGAAGCCCCUGACCCGGCUGCAGGAGCGCCUCAUCAAGAAGCUGGGCGAGCACGCCUACCCGUUCACCUUCGAGAUCCCUCCGAACCUCCCAUGCUCGGUGACGUUGCAGCCGGGGCCUGAAGACACAGGGAAGGCCUGUGGUGUGGACUAUGAAGUCAAAGCCUUCUGUGCAGAGAACCUGGAGGAAAAGAUCCACAAGCGGAAUUCUGUGCGCCUGGUUAUCAGGAAGGUUCAGUAUGCCCCGGAGAGGCCUGGCCCCCAGCCCACAGCCGAGACCACCAGGCAGUUCCUCAUGUCGGACAAGCCCCUGCAUCUAGAGGCCUCUCUGGAUAAGGAGAUCUAUUACCACGGAGAACCCAUCAGCGUCAAUGUCCAUGUCACCAACAACACCAACAAGACCGUGAAGAAGAUCAAGAUCUCAGUGCGCCAGUAUGCAGACAUCUGCCUUUUCAACACAGCCCAGUACAAGUGCCCGGUGGCCAUGGAGGAGGCCGAUGACACAGUGGCACCCAGCUCAACCUUCUGCAAGGUCUACACGCUCACCCCCUUCCUGGCCAACAAUCGGGAGAAGAGGGGCCUCGCCCUGGACGGGAAGCUCAAGCACGAAGACACGAACCUGGCCUCCAGCACCCUGUUGAGGGAAGGAGCCAACAGAGAGAUCCUGGGCAUCAUUGUUUCCUACAAAGUGAAAGUGAAGCUGGUGGUCUCCCGGGGCGGCCUGUUGGGAGACCUUGCGUCCAGUGACGUGUCCGUGGAACUGCCCUUCACCCUAAUGCACCCCAAGCCCAAAGAGGAGCCCCCACAUCGGGAAGUUCCAGAGAACGAGGCGCCAGUAGAUACCAACCUCAUAGAACUUGACACAAACGACGACGACAUUGUGUUUGAGGACUUUGCUCGGCAGAGACUGAAAGGCAUGAAGGACGACAAGGAGGAGGAGGAGGAUGGUACUGGCUCUCCACAGCUCAACGACAGAUAGACCGGGCCAGCCCCGCCGGGCAGCCCCGUCCGCCCUCCUGCACUAGGCUGCUUCCUUGUCGUCUUCCUGUUCUGGUGCCCCCUCCCCUUUGUUCUUCCAGUUUCUGCCAGGGGCCCAGUGGUCUUCCAGGCUGUGGUGGUGAACCUCUGGCCUCAGGAUGGGCCCCGCAUCCCCACGCCAACAGGGCCGCGUGCACCACCAUAACCCUGUCACCGCAGUCACCUCUCCAUCCUCUCCCUGCUGACCCCCAGAAAGGCCACCAUGGCUCUGGCCUGGGAAUUUCACUUGGGAUGGGGAGCAGGGGGGACGAUAGGACACAGGACUUGGAAGGGUGGGGUUGAGGGGUCCAGAUGUGUGAGGGAAUGCCCACAGUCCCAGGUGGUUAACACAGUCUGGCAGCUAAAAGAUGCCCAUGGUGAAGGCCACGCUCUUCUGGCCGGGAGGACAGACUGUGGGUAGAUGCCCAAUGCCUUUUUGCAGUCCUGACCCACUAAACACCUCCCCCUCCUACCCCUGUCCCUCUGUGUCUGACAGUGACAUUAGUGUAGACCCCAGGAGUGGACAAGAGCAACUGGACCGACUUCUUACCAGCAGUUAGCUAGUCUAAGGCCAGCUGUAGUCUAUUUCAGUAUUGUCAGGCUAUAACCUCCUAGCUACCCUGUAUCUUACGUGUGUGUCCUACCUAGAAAUAUGCACAUAGAGAGAGAAAAGGAGGGGUCUUCAGAAAGCACCCCCCUGCCCCUGCUCCAGGCAGAGUGAGCCGAAGCUACAGAGAUUUCCUGAAGGGUGGCUCUGAGAGAUGGGUGCAGGGGCGGAAAGGGGAGAAUCUGUCCUGUUUCCUUUCUUUGUGGACCUGUGACUGGCGGUGCCAUGGGAAGCAAGCCUGGCAGUCUAAAGGGGUCCGGGGACACCGGUGUCCUCCUGCCUCCACCUUGCAGUUCUCCAGGGCUGGGCUGGGCUGGGCCUGUAGGCUGGGAGGCAGCACCUGUGGCCACCAUACCCACAGGCAAAAGGGGUCCUUCCCCAGAAGGGGGCAGGGUCCAUCGGGGUGCCCUCACCUAAAAGGGAGGGGCUGCUGCAUAGCAAGGAACCUUUUGUUUCCGUGGGGAGUUGAUGAUCCCUCCCCCUGCCCCCCCACCCCCCAGUGUCAUGGGGACCCAGUACCCAUUGGCUGGUGUGUUGGAGACCUGGGGUGUUUCCAGGGCAACAGGACAGGCAAAUAAUGAGGUAGAAAGUGUUCAAAGGUCUCUGUUGUCUGGCCUUUGCUGCUCACUUACUGUGUGACCUUGGGCAAGUGUCUUUCCCUUUCUGGACCUCAGUUCUUCACCUGGAAAACCAUGGGGUUUGACCCAUGAUCACAAAGGGUCCUCCCAGCUCUGGCCUCCUAAGAAUUUGUGAACAUUGUAGUUUCUGGUUCAGUGGGUGGAGCCAGAGCCCCUGACCCUGUUCUGGCUGCCUCCUCAGGGGGCUCAUUAGACCCCCGAGGUGGCAGGAUCUUGGAGAGCUCCCACUUCCCCACCCGGGGCCUGGGCAGGGCCCUUCCUGGGUCUCUGGAGGGUUCCCUGAUGUCAAGGUGUGGCCAUAGCUAGCAGGAGCUGCUCAGCCCUGGGGCCCGAUUAUUACAAAAGGACAGAGCUUGUAUUUGCUGAGCCUUGGCGGGGUGGGGGGAGGAGAGCUUGUGAUAGGCCUUCCAGUAACUCACAGCCCCUGUGAAUGCCGAUACCUGAGGUUUACCUUAAACCCAAGCAAGUAUAUUGAUUUAUGGAGCAAGAUGCUGUCUCCUCAGUUCCUGCUUCCUUCUGUUUCUAUCCCAUACUUGUCUGAAUGGAGACAAUGAAUUUUAUUAUAUAAGUUGAAUCUCAAUCCUUUUCCAUCCAGUGCCCCCUGGGGUGGACUGGGCAACCAUUUACCGUGAUGAGAUUACCCCGUUCCCAUGCUUGGCACUGUACUAGCCCUUCACUUCUGAAUCUCAUGAAGAUUCAACCCUAGGGACCCCUCCCCAGGUGAGGAGCAAGUCAGCUCAGGGCAGUCACACCCCCUGGCCAGACCCUGGGUCCUCGCUGCAGGGGCCGUAGGCAUUAAGCCCCUACCAGAGCUUUCGGGGCUGUGUGCACCUCCCUGGGCAGCUGUAGCGCUGGCGAAAUGCUGGCACAACACACCACAAGCCUAUGGUCUCCAGCGUCUUCCUCUGGAAUCUUUGGAGCUGGCAUAAGACCCUUUAGGACAGCGGUUCUCAACCUGUGGGUCGCGACCCCUUUGGGGGUCGAAUGACCCUUUCACAGGGGUCGCCUAAGACCAUUGGAAAACACAUAUAUAAUUACAUAUUGUUUUUGUGAUUAAUCACUAUGCUUUAAUUAUGUUCAGUUUGUAACAAUGAAAUUGGGGGUCACCACAACAUGAGGAACUGUAUUAAAGGGUCGCGUCAUUAGGAAGGUUGAGAACCACUGCUUUAGGAUUUGGGAUAAUCACUCCCGACACACCUUCCCCUCCAUCUCUAACCUGUGCGCACAAAAGACUUGCCACUGGUUUCUUGAGCUUCUACCCCAACAUCUCACUCACCCUUUUGUGUUUACCCCAGUGUUUCCCUGAAAUUUCUCCAGCUGCAGGAAGCAUCAUAGCCCCACCUAGCUUUUCACUCUUUGGGUGCAGGACUGCAGAAGGGCAGUGGUCAAGUUCAUUGGAAUUUGUCUUAACCAUCCUUGGCUGAUAACUUCAUUGCUCGGUGCCGAGCACUGGAGAUCCUGUCCUCAGGGAGCUCCUGGUCAGGGGGAAGUCAUGGGGGAGGAGCGGGGCCGUUGUAUUCAGAGCUCCGUGGCUGCUGCUAGUCCAUUUAGUGCCUUGAUGUGAAUUAGACAUGGUGCCCCUUCCAGGGGGCCUCAGCCCAGGUGAGAAUGUGCAGUUUUGUGACUGGUGCACAGGCUGGAGUUUAGCCCUACUUGCCCCUGGGCUGGUGCCCACCUGCAUAGUCAUAUGCUGCAGCUCAGGGGACUCUCAGACCAGUGUUUCCUCUGGCCUCGUCCUGAGAGAAGGGCCCACGUCAUCUCUCCACGCUUCUGGUCAGCUCCACUCCCCCUGCAGCCCAAACAUGACUGAGUCCUCUGCAGGCCCCUCUCCAUCUGAGUCAUGGAACGGGGGGUUGGGGAACCCCACUGGGCCCAGGCACCAGCCCACAGUGUCCGUUCUUUCUGUGCACACAUUUGGGGCCUGUGCUGACCAGGGAGUGCCACACGGGGACUUCCCAGUAGGCCAUUUAGGUUGCAGUCUAGGCCGGAAGGAAGACCAUGGCUCUGAGUGAAAAUCCCCAGGCAGAGGGUCCGCUGGACUCAGCAUUCCCACUGUGAGAAGAGUCAGUCCCAGGGAAACUAAGGACUGAGUUACUUGGUGAGACUCCACAGGCCUCCUCAGCCUCAGAGCCCAGACAGACGAGAGCGGGCUCACUUGGGGUAUUGCUUCAGCUGGGGGGUCGCUGACAAGCUGGUUCCCCCAGGGCGCAGUGGAAAGCACGCAGGCCUGCCAGUCCGCAGUGCCUCUCAGCUCCAACCGUCAUCAGCCGGCUGCGUAGCCUUGAGCAAGUCACUCAACCUCUUGGGCUCAGCUUCCCUAACUAUACAAAGGGACAGCAGUGCCUUCCCACUGGACUCAAGGAACUGUGAGGUCCAGAUGGGUGGGAGUCAGUGGAGAUGAAAGCCAACCCUAUGCCAGGUACAUUGCAAAUGGAUGCACUGACCGUGUCCCUGCCACCGCAGGGGCGUGGCCCCAGGUCACACAGGAAGUGGGCUGUGGGGUGGGCCUUCCUCCCACUGGUCAUCUCUUGCCCCGUUCUCACUGAGGCAGAUGCCAACCAGAAUGAGGUGUAGCCAGGUCGGCUUUGGGACCCAGCUGAGGGGGAAACCGAGGCACUAGUCAGGAAUUCCAUGCCCACAUGGUCUCAGCAUCAGGACAGAGAGACAAGACAUGGAUAUUGUCAGUGACUGGGACUGGGGCACCGUUGCCCCUCCCAGGCUUGGUGUCACCCACCUCUUCCAUCUCUCAGACCCCACAGAGGCCAGGAAGCCUUGGCUCUGGUCCCAGGUGAUGAGCACCCCCAGCCCCAGGCCCAAAUCAGUGCUCCAUCGAAGAACCCAGGAGGGAGGCGGAAUGGAAAUUGCCUGCCCCUUCCCUCAAAGUACAAGGUCCCCUCCAGGGUCAAACAGGACGGCCAGUGCUUCUUGAUGAUACUCGGGAGGUAUUUGGGCUCAGGGAACACCCAGGCCUCAGGCACUGAGAGCUGCCCCCAGCUGACCUGCCCCAGUGGUUCCAGCAAAGGCCGGCUCUCUCCUGCCAGUGACUGGUGACUGGACAGCCUCUCCCUAUCCCGGAACAAGGCAUUAGGCCCCAAUCUUGAACUCUUAUAGGGUCUCAUGGACAUAGGCCUCUACCUGUUCUGAUGUUUUUCUUUUUAAAGUCAACAAGGACCAAAACAGACUCCCUCCACCCUCGUGCAUAAGCCUACUUUGGGCCUGCAACUCGGCCCAGGCAGUUCCAUCACCCUGUCCUCCCUCCAGGACUGAAAUGGCCUACCUGUGGGGGCGGGAUUUUCACCUCGGAUACUCCGCUGCAGGGUCACGGCCCAGUGGCUUCAAAGAGAGGUCUCUUGAAGGGGGAGCAUCCUCCCAACUCUUCACCCUGAAAGGGAAGUCAAAGCACAGGUCCCCAGGACCCAUGAUCCGUAGACAUGCUGACACAGGGGUUUUCAAACCAGGUGCUGUGGAACCCCUGGUGUUCCACAGCGAUUUGCCAGGGGCUGCUAAAGUGGGAAGGGAGGGUGGAGGCGUAGGAUAGGUCUCCAGCCCUCCGCCAUUCCCACUUCCACCAGAACAACUCUGCUUUUUAUCUGACUUGCCUAUGGAGGUUUCACCUUCAAAUUUUCUUUUGAAGAAAAAAAUUCUUCAAACCACCAUUCUGAGGUUUGAUCUUCGACCAGCAAGCACGGGUUCUAUUCUUGCUUUUCAUGUUGGAAUGGCUCUAGCAUCCCAAUACAGAUUUGUAUUGGAACUUGGGUCACACACCCAGGCCCAAGCAUUUGCCUAUUCUCAAUCACACACACACACACACACACACACACACACACUUGAUGAUUUUGUAGCCCCCCCUCCCUGUGGCUGGGGCUUAGGUUUCAUUUGGGCCGAGCCUGGAGCUCCCUGAGGGUGGAUCCUGACCCUGACAUUGGCCCCUGCAGCAUGGGGGACUGCGGAGCAAGGAAACAGGCCCAGCUCUCACCCCAGUAUGAUACCCAGCUCUCCUGGCCCAGGCACGUGGGAUGACAGAAGGGACAGGGUGAUGGGAGAAGAAACUACAGUCAGGUUCCUUUUUACAUACAGCCAGAGAGAUGGAAGUCCAGGUUUCCUAAAAGAAAUGCUGAGGCAGGACUUGAUAGCAAAAUCUCUCCUGUGAGAGCGGCAUCUGUCCAGAGACUUUGUAGGCAGCAAGUCACCCUUGAGCAAUUCUAAUAGGAUCCCACACCCACAUCUGUGGGCAAUCAGGUGUGUGGGCCACAGGAGGGUGCCGGAAGGGAGGCUGGUCCCCUACCUGCAGUCUCCCAAGUCCUCUCCCUGCCAGCCUGUCCCGUUACCCAGGCCCCUCAUCAGGGCUGCAGGUGGGCCCUUUGGUGAGACCUAGACCAGCCCCUGGCACAGAAUCCUGUCUCCCCUGCCCAGGGCAUUCUAGGUGAAAGGGUGAGGCUUAGGGCACUGCCGGCCAUGCGGCGCUCCACGUUCAGUUGCGUGUGCUCUUGGAACCGGACCUCAGUUUCUCCUUGUGUAACGCGGGGCUGGUGCCAGGCUCUGCCCACCUCAUGGAAUUACAGAAAGGCUCAUAGGAGGUAUGGGAGGUGGGGUCACAUGAGAGUGGGAGCCUCACGAACUCGGGGUGCGAUCGCGGUUUGUGCUGCAGAUGAGCAGAGCCCUCAGGGGAACGAGUGCAGGAUGCAGGGUCUCACUGGAACGUCUGCUCAGUGUUAAGGGCCAGCCACAGACCCGGGACGGGGGAUGGGGGGAGGGGCUCUUCCUACUUUCCUACUGAAUGGGAGUCAGCGCUCAGCCUGAUACAGCGACUGCGUGGGUCCGGGGUGCAGGGAGUGACAGGUGACUGGGACAGGUCCCCAGGGGUGUAGCCCUUCUGUGAAUGAUUCUUUUGUGACACCCUCAUUCCUGGGCCACCUGCCAGGUUUAUUUGUUGUACCUGUGGCAUUCCUUAUGAUGUCAGAUAAGUUAUUAAAGUUCAUUCAACUCUAUCAGGACAAUGAACAAAAGAACCAUAAAUAGGAGACCAUUAAAGAUCUUUUGUGACA